CAAAAGUUGUGUCUCCAGGGAAAUCAUAAAUUCUGGAGAGCAAAAACUCCACUGCUUAUUUUUUUUCCCCUCUCCUUUCUCUCUCACUUCACUCCUUUUUCAUAAUGAUCUCUCGCUGGUCUUUGUUGAUAGCUUUAUUGCUUCCCUUGCUUGCCUUGGCCCAGGAUGGCCCUCGCAUCGUCUCCCCAGCUUCCAACCAAACCUUUGGUCCUGGAGAUUCCGUGGAUAUUACUUUCCAAUAUCAAAAUCUCGGCACUGGCAACUAUACCGUCGAUAUCUACGCCAUCAACAGUCUAUCAAACCCCGUCCCUGUUGUUAAUAUCACCACGGCCCAUGAUGUUCCUGAUGGCAACAGCACAGGUUCCCAGCUGGAAUUUUAUAUGAACUAUACCUACUCUGGUUGGAAGAUUCCUCACGACACGUUGAACUCCACUUUCUGGAUCGUCGUAAACGAACAUUAUGCUCUAUCUGUCGUUGGAAACGUCCCAGCUAGCUCCGUUAAGGGCCCCGCCCUUCUUUUGCAUAACAGUCUUGGAGUUAACGUCAACCCUAGCUUGUCUUUCGCAGCACUUACCAUAACCGCCGUAGCCAUGGUUGCCAUGCUGCUUUAAAAACUUCCCAUAUCCUCUUCACAGCCCGUGCUAAUGUAUCGUUACCCCCUUGCUCACAAACUAAUACAAGUAAUGUAGUGUUUGAACUGUCUCAUUUACAGUAUUUACUCUUUCCACAGCACUAAUAAAUGAAAAUAAAAAUCACUUCAACCCAUAAUGGUCACAUUCAUGAUAUCAAACCAUC